CAUUUUUACCCAAAACAUUAACUUUAUUUUAAAUUUUAGUCCCUUUCAUGACAUUUCAGGAACUUUUCAUCUUUAUUUUCUUAUUUCUAAAUGGCACUGAAGCACAUUCAACUUGGGGUUAUUUCCUUGAUCGCUUCAUUUUUUAAGUUUUUGUCACCCUUGUCUGUUCAUGUAAGUGUAGCAGGUUUUUAUUUCAACUAAAUUAUAGACGUGACGUUUGUCAAAAUGUGUUUAUUUAUUCUUUGGAUGUGUUUAGUUUAGUCAGGAAGUUGUUUCUCCGGACAUUUUGUUGAUAUUUUUUAAGUUCUGUUACGUUGCUCUUGACGGUUACCAUAGUAACCAGUAACCGAAAGCUCCGCCCCCUUUUUUCUGUUAGGAUCAGCUCGGUGUUUACUUUACAAAUAUGAUAUUUUACUAUAUAUUUUAGACAAAUUUAAUCACAUGCAGUGUUUCAUGAGUAAUUCUGCUAUGUUUUGUGUUUUUUUAUUUCAUUAUUAAUGUUGUCCAUUUUUACUAUGUUUAAUUUUAAAAAUGCUAACUGCUGCUAACUGCCCAUUGGGAGCCAUUGCUUUGUAGUUUGUUUAGGGUUAUUUAUUACAUUUUAUUUAAUGCAUAGAGGCAGAAGUUGCUGGAUUGAUGUUAACCACUAACUUGAUUUCCUCUUUUGUUGGAAUAAAUAUAAUAAACCUGAAUGUGUCUGUCGUGAAGUCAACCUGAGACGGUUACAUGAGCAUCCAAACUUUACUAGUAAAUCUUCAUUUUUAGCAUGUUUUUCAGCAUGUCAACCAUUUACAAUUACCUCCAAAUCAAAUUAGAAACUCCCAGGAGGAGACGCUCACUGCCAGAGACCCACACUGGACAAAAAGGACAAGAGUGAGGAAAAGCUCAGGUGAUCCGAAGACAGGAACACUGGAGGAGAGACCUUUCAUCAGAUUAAUGAGAAAAUAAAAAGAAGUGAGCAAAAGUAGAGGAGAAAUUUAAUUAUGGAAUGAGCCGGAGGUCGUUUCAGAUCAAGCUGUUAUAGUUGUAGCAUCCAGGGAAGCGGUUCCUUCAGCUCCUGUUGGAGAACCGAGCAGAGGGACUUUAAAGAAGAAUCAUGACUCGUUUACAUCUCCUAAUUGGACUCCUGAGUUGUCUUCACCUGGCAGGAUGUUUGCAGUGUUACACCUGUGUGUUUCCUGCCAUUUCUCCCAUGGACUGCAUGAAGUUUCCUCUGGAGUGUCCUGCAGGCCAGCGCUGCCUGUCCAGCGUGGCGACAGGAAGGCGAGGCGCCGUUCAGCUGACGAUAUACGAGAAGAGUUGUGCCGUCCCGACGCAGUGCGGCUUGGCCGGACAGAAGUACACCUCAGGGGUGUACUUUAACUACACCAACGACUGCUGCGACACGGAUCUUUGCAACGCCGCCGGGUCUGUUGGUGCCCUGAGCCUGAGAGGAGCGCUGCUGUGCCUGCUGCCUGCACUCGGCCUCCUGCUGGUCUGAACAGAACCACCAGAACCGGACCGCCUCUGCCUCCAAAUGCCUCUUUAGAAAAGAAUGGCUGAGAUGUUAAAGGAAAAUUAAGUCUUAGUUCAUCACAAGUUGCACCAUCAGUAUUAUUUGUUAUCCAGCAGUUCUUCUAGAAGAUAUUUAAGUGUAAAACAGGUGGAAAACAUUUCUACUGAAAGAUAUUUAUCUAGAAAGAAUGUUAAAAAUAAUUAAAUGUAACUUUUCCUGACCUUCACCUUAAAAUUUUGGUUCUUUCUGAACUAUUAGUCAAAAUUAUAAACUGAGGAGCAUAAAUUAUAAUUCAUAUUCUCCAAAUUUCUCCAGGCAAUAAGAAGAAAUAAAAAAUAAAUUAACUAGAAUAAAGUCAUACCAGAAUAAUGACUUUAUUCUCAAAAUCUUAUACAUUAUUAUUUUCUAAGUGAAGUCCUAAUUCUCCGUCAUAUUAUGGUUAAUAAUAGUAGUAAUUGUUAUUACUACUAUCACAAUAUAGUAAUAUAAAUUGCGACAGCCAGCUAAGCAAAGUUGGUGGAAUCAACUGACUCACUCUUUGGUUGCCUAGCAACUCGCUCAUUAUUCUUUGGUUACCUAGCGACAACUUGCCGAGGAACUUGCUGAGCAGCAGUUUCAGGUUUUGCCUCAUUACUGCUUACAAAUAAACAGCAGCAUGGGGGAUAAGAGGGAAGGUCAUGACACCAGUUUGGCAGCAUUUCAGGUAUUUAAAACAAAAAACGAAUCAAUAAUUAUUGAUAUUCUGAUAUGAAACGCUCAUGUUUUUCAGCGUUAUUGUCUAGCUCUAUGUUGCACUGGCUGGAUUAAGACUAGCUGUUUAAAAAAGAUAAAUAAAUGAAAAGUCAGCUUAUAUGAACUCAAACAUGUACAAUGUGACGGUGAGAGGAGUUGCGUUUUCAGUUUUAUGCUGGUGGUGGCGCUACAGAUCAUCUGAUUUUUGUCAAGUUUUACAUGUGAAGUGUUUUUUUAAGUUCCUGUGAAGAGAUUUAAAAGUCCUACUUCUGUUUUUUAAGUUUCUAUAUAAAAACAGGUUUGCCAGAUUGUCCUGAUAGAUCAGCUAACAUUAAUGCUGUUUGGUUUCCCUAAACAAAACAUUUUGUACCAAACGAUGUAGAAUCAGUUCUUUUCUCUUGGGACUUUUACAAAUAUGGAGAUAAAUAAUAAAAGCCCUCAUAUUUCUAAUUGUCAUUAUUAUACAGAAUCUUAAUAGUUUUAGAUUAUAUCAUAUUUACACUGGUUAUUGUUUGGACCAUUGAUUAAAUCUCAGAUUAUCACCUCUGAUCGAACCAAAUAUAACGAAGCAACUCCCUUGUUGGUCAGUUAUGUGAAGCAUAUUAACAUAUUCAGCAAACUACAUAAAAAAUUAACGUGUAAUAUUCAUGAGUACAAAUUAUGACAUGUUCAGCAGGAACUUCCUUCUCCGAUUUCUUUUUAUGUGGACAUUUCAAUAAAAACAAUCCUCAAAACAAGCCAGAAAUAAAAAAGGACGCGUUUUAUUAUGAAGAUAUUUUUAUUGGAACAUUAAUAAAAGUAAAAUACAAAAAGUUUCAGCUGUGAGUUCGAUUGUCCUUGCUGCCGCUUUGAUUUUUUUAACUUCAUGAUGCCAUUAGCAUUAAGACAGAGUGAAAAAUCACAACAUCAAUAACAAAACAUGAAAUGAAACGCAGAAAAUAAAAAUCCAACACAUUUCCUGGUCCCUGAAAUUGUUUCAAAUACAUAUUAAGAAAUGAGAGUUUCUGCUAUGAUUGGACAAAAAACACAAAUAAUGAUUAACAGUGAAGUUAUUCAUAUUUAAUCCCUUUAAGCAUUAGUCCAUAUUAAAAAAUAGAUCAAAUCCACAUCAGUUCAACAAGCAAAACAUUCUGUAUUCAAACCCAGAUCCUUCAUAAAAUUUGGGUUUAUUGAGGUGAAUUAACUCACAGCUGAUUUCCAACACAGCCCAACUACAGGAUUUUCUAAUUGCACUUCGGUCAUUUUUAGCAACACUAAAGAACUUCAUAUCAAAACAAUGUUAAAUGUUAAACUGUGUUACCCUGAGGUUUACUGGAUGUGUUACUGCUUGACCAAAGUGAGUUAUUAGCUCCAGUUCCUUCCAUUUUGAUUUAAUUCAAGGUUGUUUUACAGGCAAGAAAACUUCGAGGAGUGAAUUGAGCCAACAGACAGAGUUACGACCGAGUCUCAGAUCUCUUUGGAUAAAAAUAAGGCUAACGGCGGUAUAUUUAUAAUUUGUUAUUUUGUCAGAAGAACUUCACACAACCAACAAAAAUAUAUAAGUAAUCUAUACUGUGAUCACAUGUUUGAUGUGUGACAGAAACAAAGCAGGGGU